GAGACACAGAAACCAAACAAAAGCCUCACGUUUCCAUAGACUUAACUGGUCACGAAACCACACCACAACUACAAAAUUUGCAUCACAUGGUGAUGGAGCUUCUCUUCGCCUUCUAACAUUCCCUCUCGAUCUCAUCGAUCUCCUCUCCUCGUCCCUCUCAACGGGCUACUAAAAAAAAGGAAAUUUCAAAUUUGAUCCAGGCCAUGCCACUCUGCUUCUCUGCAAUUUCCCUCUCGCUAGAGGAAUCCUUGUCUUUCUCUUUUGUUGCUCCAUUUACAACAUUAAAUGUCCACCGAUUCUCCUCAUCCCCCUACUUCUCGCUGCCUCCUCUAUAAUGCCGGAGCUGGUGCCGCCGCCGGUGUUAUUGCUGCUACAUUUGUGUGCCCUUUGGAUGUAAUCAAGACUAGGUUUCAGGUUCACGGCCUGCCCAACCUCCAAAAUCAUCCUAGAAUUAAAGGAAGUCUUAUAGUAGGUAGUUUAGAUCAGAUAUUCCAGAAAGAGGGGCUCCGUGGAAUGUACCGCGGCCUUGGUCCUACUGUCUUGGCCUUACUUCCUAAUUGGGCGGUUUAUUUUACAAUUUAUGACCAGUUCAAAAGCUUUCUUUCUUCCAAUGGUGAGAAUCAUCUUUCACUAGGUGCUACCGUGAUAGCUGCAUCUGGUGCUGGAGCUGCAACAACUAUUUUUACCAAUCCUCUUUGGGUUGUGAAGACAAGACUUCAAACUCAAGGAAUAAGACCAGGAGUGGUGCCAUAUCGAGGUACACUUUCUGCAUUGAGGAGAAUAGCUCAUGAGGAAGGUAUUCGUGGCUUAUACAGUGGUCUUGUGCCUGCAUUGGCUGGCAUCAGCCAUGUUGCCAUUCAAUUUCCAACUUACGAGAAGAUAAAGUCUUAUUUGGCCGAUAGACAUAAUACUACAAUGGAUAAACUAAGUGCGCGUGACGUUGCAGUUGCUUCUUCUGUCUCAAAAAUAUUUGCUUCCACAUUGACAUAUCCACACGAGGUGGUACGCUCAAGGCUUCAAGAGCAGGGUCACCACUCUGAGAAGCGUUACUCCGGUAUGGUUGAUUGCAUUAGGAAAGUAUUUCAGCAAGAUGGUAUCCAUGGUUUCUACCGCGGCUGUGCUACAAACCUUAUCAGGACUACCCCGGCUGCUGUCAUUACAUUCACCAGCUUUGAGAUGAUACACCGGUUUCUUGUUGCUCGCUAUUCCCCGGAUACAUGUCCUAACACAUUAUGAAGGUGAAUUAUAAACCUUAAGAAUUUUUGUGUUGGUACGCCAACUUGCAUCACUGUGGACAGAAAAUGGAAGAAUUGAAAGGUUAGCUUUACAGUUCCUGCUGUCACAGUGGCGAUAUGUUUUCUACAGAUUUCUUGUGCACUUCUUUUUCCUGGUAGUUUUUGUAGUAAAAACCACAGUUAUUGAAAUUUACACCCUCUGGUAGGACUUGGUGUAUCUGAAAGUUGCUAGAGGGGAGAAAAUUCAUGUUACAUUGAUAAUGAUGAUAAUGACGACAAAAAGGGCCGUAUAUUAUAGAUUGAUAACAUUCAAAACAUAAAUUAUUUUUUUCUA